ACUUUGCUAUCAUCUUAGUGGCUAACCAUGAAGCAAAUACAUAAAUGUUAAGAAGGAUGUCACAAUUGGACUAUAAAAACCAGAGAUCCUAACUCAACUAUGCAACACAAGUCUUAGUUCUAUCCUUUCUUUUCUCUCCAAGAAUCACAAUGAGAAGCUUUUGGAAUUUGGGGCAAUUGCCUCUUCUAGCAUUUGCUUUGGCAAUUUGCUUUGUAGCCAGCACUGUUGUUGCUGAUUACUCUUAUGGCUAUACUUCUCCCUCACCUUCUAACAUCUCUAAGAAGUACUACAAAUCACCAUCUCCAUCUCCAUCCAACUAUCAUGAACCAACUCCAUACUACAAGAAACCGGAGAAACAUGCUGAACAUUCUCCAUCACACUAUUACAAGUCCCCUACUCCUUCAAAGCAUUACUACAAAUCACCAGUAGUAGUGAAGUAUUACAAAUCACCAGUUCCUUCAAAGAAGUACUACAAAGCGCCUUCCCAUCCAAAGAAGUACUACUACAAGGCACCUUCCCAUUCAAACAAGUACUACAAAGCCCCUGCUCCUUCAAAGAAGUACUACAAGUCCCCUGCCCCUUCAAAGAACUAUUACAAGUCACCAUCUCCUGCAAAGUACUACAAAUCUCCUUCACCUGCAAAAUACUACAAGUCACCUGCUCCAUCAAAGCACUAUUACUAUAAGUCACCAUCCCCUACAAAGUACUACAAAUCUCCAUCGCCUGCAAAAUACUACAAGUCGCCUGCUCCAUCAAAGCACUAUUACUACAAAUCUCCAUCACCUGCAAAAUACUACAAGUGGCCUUCACCAUCAAAUCACUAUUACUACAAGUCACCAUCUCCAACAAAAUAUUACAAGUCACCCGCUCCUUCUAAAUACUAUAAAUCUACCCCUUACUACAAGUCCCCUCCACCUCCUCCAUACUACAAAGAAUCUACCCCUUACUACAAGUCCCCUCCACCUCCCCCAUACUACAAAGAAUCUACCCCUUACUACAAGUCCCCUCCACCUCCUCCAUACUACAAAGAAUCUACCCCUUACUACAAGUCCCCUCCCCCUCCACCAUACUACAAAGAAUCUACUCCUUCCUACAAGUCCCCUCCACCUCCCCCAUACUACAAAGAAUCUACCCCUUACUACAAGUCCCCUCCACCUCCUCCAUACUACAAAGAAUCUACCCCUUACUACAAGUCCCCUCCCCCUCCACCAUAUUACAAAGAAUCUACUCCUUCCUACAAGUCCCCUCCACCUCCCCCAUACUACAAAGAAUCUACCCCUUACUACAAGUCCCCUCCACCUCCUCCAUACUACAAAGAAUCUACCCCUUACUACAAGUCCCCUCCCCCUCCACCAUACUACAAAGAAUCUACUCCUUCCUACAAGUCCCCUCCUCCUCCCCCAUACUACAAAGAAUCUACCCCUUACUACAAGUCCCCUCCACCUCCCCCAUACUACAAAGAAUCUACGCCUUCCUACAAGUCCCCUCCCCCUCCACCAUACUACAAAGAAUCUACACCUUCCUAUAAAUCACCUCCACCUCCCCCAUACUACAAAGAAUCUACUCCUUCCUAUAAAUCCCCUCCCCCUCCCCCAUACUACAAAGAAUCUACCCCUUCAUAUAAAUCCCCUCCCCCUCCCCCAUACUACAAAGAAUCUAUCCCUUCCUAUAAAUCCCCUCCCCCUCCACCAUACUACAAAGAAUCUACACCUUCCUAUAAAUCUCCUCCACCCCCAUCAACCUACUAA